GGCCCGCAUGCCGCCUGUUGCCGAACCCUGGACAAGAGCGACAUACCAUCGAAGACGUACAGUAGAGGGGAGUGUCCCCUUUCCAGCGCGCGCAGUGUUGUUCCUGUCCUGCCUGGCUGUUGCUCAGCAACACGAAGGCGUGUCCACCAGCGAUGAUUUAAGCGGUAGGAAACCCUUGCCCGCUGUCACUUUGUCAGUUCAGUCUGUUCUCUAGUCCAUGCAUGGAAGUGGAAUUGCUAAGGAGACGAGGGAAUCCCCCUAUAGUGUCGCCUCACUCCUGAUGAAUUUGCAUCAACGUUAUUACCAAGCUUGUUUUUUAUCGGUCUCAGUCUGCCUGUUCCAUUCGCUGCGUCCACAAGCAUGGCUUGGAGUGAAGUAUAGCGCCACAUCAUCUCGGACUGUCAACCCGUGAAGAAUACACAACUGAUGCUGUACAACAAACGGUGUAUUUACCAGAAGAAAUUCAUCAGAGGAACCAGGCAACCCACCAAGUGACUUCGACAAUAUGGCAUUGAGCGGGACGCUUUUGCCAUCCAUAUCCACAUUUGCAAGCGGCCCGAAUAUCAAGAAUAAAUCUAUGGGACAUGCGAAUUUAAGAUGGAAGGAGGAUAUCUCCACUGGCAUGACCAAGAAAGAGCCUGAAGAUCUGGACCUGCUAGACUAUGACUUUAUCCUGUCCAACACUAUGCUACAACAGCAGGCUGAAGCCAUGGCAGCAAGCGGGUCCCAGAACCUGUCCCCUUCCCCGGGCUCCUACUCCUCCUACCAGCUCCCCUCUCCCCAGGACUCUGCCCACAGUGACAUGCUGUACACCAUCCCUGACAUCAGCGACGUGUCCCCCUCUGGGGGGUUCGUGGCCGAACUGAUGAGGCCUGAAUUGGACCCAGCAUACCUCCACCCCACCAGCCUCCAUGGCAAGUUUGUGGUGAAGACCACCAUGGAUAUGGCAGAAUACGGCCAAAGCAUUAAUGUGAUUAGUAAGGCCGGUGUUGGUGUCAGUGCUGCCACGGACCCCUCCUCCUUGCCUUUUGUUUGUCAUAUGAUAAAGCAGGAGAACCCCAGCAUGUGCAACAUCACCCAACCCAUGGAUCUCCACCUUGGGGGGGUGAACUCACACUCCCAGCCCAGAACUGGACAGAGGCCCCACCUCGACCCCCACGGUUUCUCCCCAGGGGGGUGUCCUAUGACAGCCAGCCGGUCAGCUUCAUCUCUGUCUCCAGACCACCACCCUUCCAGCCAGGUGUUAUCCCACCCCCAGAUCCCUCUGCCUGGCCAGGGCUACCACCACAGCUCUCCGACAAGCUACUCGCCCUUCCCUCAACAGCCUGGGUCUCUACGGUACCAAGAGCUCAUGUCCCCGGGCGGAGACUGUCUACCGGAGGAGCCCAAACCCAAACGCGGCCGGCGCUCCUGGCCCAGGAAGAGAAUCGCAACACACACGUGUGACUACGCCGGCUGUGGGAAAACCUACACCAAGAGCUCCCACCUCAAAGCACAUCACCGAACGCACACAGGAGAGAAGCCUUAUUGUUGUGACUGGGAGGGCUGCGGCUGGAAGUUUGCCCGUUCAGACGAGCUCACACGGCACUACAGGAAACACACGGGGCAUCGCCCCUUCCAGUGUGCCAAGUGUGACAGGGCCUUCUCAAGGUCUGACCACCUGGCUCUACACAUGAAGAGACACCUAUGAGACACUCACUGGACACCAUGGACCAAUACUAAAAUACUAUAAAUAUUAUUAAACAGCGACCUGAACUUGUGACUUACCAAUAAACAUUGCCUUCUAGCCAUCCAUUGUCAAAGCACCAAUACAAGCUAUGUGUUCUGGCAUUUGACAAGACCCCUCAGAACAACCUAUUUUGUGGGACAAAACUGGAAUUGCUCAUCUAUUUAUCGACAAAACCUGGAGGACUAGGUGCUAACGUAUGACUGGAAAUGUAUUAGCAGAGAUUUACAGGGACAGCCCUAGCCACUAAGCGACCACCAUUUUUUAUUUUUUUUUUGUCUGAAGAUUAUGAUGAUAAUUUUUCCUAAAAUGUAAAUUGCCUUUCACAUACUAAUGGGGGAGGAAUCAGAAAGAUCACAUACUAAUGGGGGAGGAAUCAGAAAGAUCACAUACUAACGGGAGAGGAUUCAGAAAGAUCACAUACUAACGGGAGAGGAAUCAGAAAGAUCACAUACUAACGGGAGAGGAAUCAGAAAGAUCACAUACUAACGGGGGAGGAAUCAGAAAGAUCACAUACUAAUGGGGGAGGAAUCAGAAAGAUCACAUACUAAUGGGGGAGGAAUCAGAAAGAUCACAUACUAACGGGGGAGGAAUCAGAAAGAUCACUACUGGAAUUAUUUGCAUUAUAAGUCAAAACUUUCUCAGAGCAAAGCUCAACUUGCCCGACUGCUAUAAAUGCCAUACAUUAUCUGUCUUUCAGUAAAAUCAUGGGGAGGAACCAGAAAGAUCAGUUUCAGGCUACUGGAAGUCUUAGCAGUUUGGUUGUUUUCACUGCAAUAAUGGGUCAACCUCAGAGCAGGCGCGACUGUUCAGUUCACUUGACCCUGGCCCUUGAUGUCAUUCCCUGCAUCGGUUACCAGGGAAACAAGAACCUCGGACAGAACACAGAAGUGAAGGAACACAUCCUAAGAGGCCUUCUCCAUUCAAUCAGAAACAGUCCAUUUGUCUUUGUGAAGUUCAUACUGUAUUAGACAUUUAUAUUUAUAAUACUCUAUUCUUCCAAGCCAUUGACUUCAGGUACACUUUAAAUGUAUAUGUUACAGGAUGGUGCUCCAAGACUUUACUAUGUUAAAAGGUACCAAAGAAUUUGAAAAAGAAAACCGCUGAGAAUAUCAAAGUGUGGUGGUCUUGUCUGUGAGUUUCCUGGAGACCUCUUUUCUUCCACAAUUUGACUUUAAUCAGGUGAAUGACUUUGCUCCUCAUUGGUGAUGGCAAUCUCUCAACGCGCUGUGGUCGCAAAGUGCAAUAAUGUUAUAUGAGACAUUCAUAUUAUUUUUUUAAAGAAAUGAGUAACUCUGAACAAAGUUUUUUUUUGUUUAUAGACAAAAUAUGUUAUAUAAUCUUGAAUGUUGUACAUUUGUAAAUAAAAUGCUUUUAAAUGUUUUGUAUUGUAUUGUACAACAUAAAGAAUAAAAUAUAUUUGA